AUGGACACACAAGCAGGAAUAUCUCAGAAGGACAUCUAAUGUUAUCCCCGGAUUGUGACAUAAAAGAUAAUGACAGUAGACCGGAUUCUCCAGGAGAUAACCCCAUUACCCCAAUUAUACAUCCAGCUCUAUCAGCUGAUCCCUCUGAUCCUGGGAAAUGUUCUCCUGAUCACUCUGAUAUUGGAGCAUCUGUUACAGCUCUGAGAGUAGAUACAGUGUUUCCCUGUUCUAUAGAUGCCAAAUGUUUUACAAAGAACACAAAGCCUAUUAACCCACACACAGGUAAGGCAGGUGAGAGGCCACUGAUAUGUUCAGUGUGUGGGAAAUGUUUUACAUACAAAUCACAUCUUGUUAUACAUCAGAGAAGUCACACAGGUGAGAGGCCAUUUCCAUGUUCUGAGUGUUCGAAAUGUUUUACAACGAAAUCAGAUCUUAUUACACAUCAGCGAAGUCACACAGGUGAGAAGUCAUAUCCAUGUUCUGAGUGUGGGAAAUGUUUUACAUACAAAUCACGACUUGUUAUACAUCAGAGAAGUCACACAGGUGAGAAGCCAUUUCCAUGUUCUGAGUGUGGGAAAUGUUUUACACAAAACUCACAUCUUGUUAUGCAUCAGAGAAGUCACACAGGUGAGAAGCCAUUUUCUUGCUCUGAGUGUGGGAAAUCUUAUUUAACUAAAUCACAUCUUGUUAUACAUAACAGAAGUCACACAGGUGAGAAACCAUUUUCUUGCUCUGAGUGUGGGAAAUGUUUUGCACACAAAUCACAGCUUGCUACCCAUCAGCAAAGUCACACAGGUGAGAAAGCAUUUCCAUGUUCUGAGUGUGGGAAAUGUUUUGCACACAAAUCAGUUCUUGUUAGACAUAACAGAAGUCACACUGAUGCUAAGCCAUUUUCUUACUCUGAGUGUGCAAAAUGUUUUACACAGAAAACACAUCUUGUUAUACAUCAGAGAAGUCACACAGGUGAGAAGCCAUUUCCAUGUUCUGAGUGCGGGAAAUGUUUUGCACUUAAAUCAUAUCUUGUUAGACAUCAAAGAAAGCACACAGGUGAGAAGCCAUUUUCUUGCUCUGAGUGCGGGAAAAGUUUUACCUGGAAAUCCAAACUUGUUAUACAUCAGAGAAGUCACACAGGUGAGAAGCCAUUUUCUUGCUCUGAAUGCGGGAAAUGUUUUACACAAAAAUCACAACUUGUUACCCAUCAGCAAAGUCACACAGGUGAGAAGGCAUUUCAAUGUUCUGAGUGUGGGAAAUGUUUUACAUGGAAAUCACAACUUGUUACACAUCAGCAAAGUCACACAGGUGAGAAGGCAUUCCCAUGUUCUGAGUGUGGGAAAUGUUUUUCACACAAAUCAGCUCUUGUUACACAUCAAAGAAGUCACACAGGUGAGAGGCCAUUUCUAUACUCUGAGAAAUAAAUCAUCUCUUGUUGCAUACAAUAGAUAUCACUCAGGUGCGGAACCAUUUUAAUCUUCUGUAGUAUACUCAUCAUUGCCAUGCGUUCUUUAAGGUUCUUAUCCUAUCUCCUAUGUUUUUUGCAAUAUACAUGUUACCACUGGGUGAAAUAAUCAGAUGUCAUGUCCUCAUCUACUACUGCUAUGCAGUGGACCUACCUUUGCUCUAGGUAUUGAGAACCCAGUACCAAUCCUAAAUGGUUGUCUAGCUGAGCUCCAGGUGUGGGUGAUGCCAGUUGGCUGUGACUCAGUCCUGGUGAAACAGGUCCUUAUGAUAGAAGCUCACCAACAAAGGGCAGGGCUACAGCUCAGCUUUGCAAAACCAACCAGACACGCUUAGGGGUUCAGAGUUACAAAAUGCUGAUCCUGUGCGGAAGCUUGGUGUCCUGGAUGGUGGAGUGACACUUACACAUCAGGUAUCAGCCACAAUCAGAUCCUCAUCUGAGGAACAUAGCCAUACUCCAGCACUUAUUUCCCUCAGAAGAUCUACCUGAUGUCAUACAUGCACUUGUAUCAUCACACAUAAACUACUGCAAUGUCCUCUACCUGGGUCUCCCAGCAAACGAAUUGCACCGCUUGUAGCUUGUACAGAAUGCAGCAGCCAGGCUGUUACCUAACCAGCCCGUUCCUGCCACAUAACACCCGUUCUCUACUCCCUUCACCGGCUGCCUGUAAGAUGGUGUCUCUAUUACAUAAUCUUACUGACUCUCCGAGCCCUACAUGACCAGGGUCCAUGUACCAGAAGCAGCUUCUGCCUCCUUACUGACUUACUGUAGGCACCUAUUACAUAAUCUUACUGACUCUCCGAGCCCUACAUGACCAGGGCCCAUGGUACCAGAAGCAGCUUCUGCCUCCUUACUGCCCUGCUUUCUUCUACCUGCAGAUGAAGGACUGUGGGGAGAGAUGGGGCGGUGGCAAUAGUGGUGGAGAUGGUGGUGACAGAGCGGGUGGCAGUAGU